UUGUCGUCCGAUCACUAGGUUAGAAGUGGUGUAAGCUUUGCUUGUUGGUUAUCAACAGAUUUUUCUUUGACAGUUUAUUAUAAUCGUUAUAACUUAUAAACAUCAAUAACCAUGGUUCCUUUAGAGGAUGUUUGAGCGAAGCUUCACUCGGGUUUUUAUCUAAGUCGUACGAAUCAAUUGUCGAGUGUUUUAUUACCAGCAGUCUGUUAGCUACCGUAGCGGCGCAGUAAUGCGACCCGAAGACUUCGCUGACCGGGUGGCUGGUUUGUGUCUGGAGAAAUUCGAUCAGUUGCCGGACAAAGGAAAGCCGAUGUUAGGUAAACAGUGGACGCUCUUGUCCGGCGUUGUACAGGUAACAGAUGAUUCAAGUCUGCCGAAAGUUGUUUCACUGGCUACCGGCACCAAGUGCAUUGGCGCCGGUAAACUCUGCGGUAAAGGAACCGUGGUCAAUGAUAGUCACGCUGAGGUUUUAGCGCGCAGAGCUCUGUUGCGGUAUUUUAUCCAGGAAAUCGAAUCUGCUCGCAAAGGUGGCCCAUCAAUAUUUGUACGUGGAGAAGCGCUUGCAGAUGAUGUUUGUGGACCAGAAAAUCAUUUUGCUUGUUCUAGUCCUCUGACGUUACGACCAGGCGUGACUUUCCAUUUCUUCUCCAGUCAUACACCAUGCGGUGACGCGUCGAUAUUUCCAAAAGACGGAGGCAAACGGUUGGCCGUGGAUAAUGACAGCAUUGGACCGGAAGCCAAAAGACGCAAAACCAACGAUAAUGAAGAUGAUAAUAACGAUAUACACAGGACCGGAGCCAAAUGUCUGAGCGUAGAGACCAGGCAGGACCCUCGACUUCCAGGCGCGGCAUAUCACGCGGUCGGAGCUGUCCGAACCAAGCCGGGCCGUGGAGACCGAACGUUGUCAGUCUCGUGUAGUGACAAAUUGCUUAGGUGGUACACAUCAGGUAUACAGGGAGCCUUGUUGUCACUGUUCGUCGAACCGUUGUAUUUGUCAUCGCUGACUAUUGGUGGCGGUUGUCCAUACUCUGAAUCGGCUUUGCGUCGGGCCGUCAUCGAACGGGCAAAUCGCUUUGACGACGAAGACACUCGAUCGCCGUCAAUCCCACCACUACGACUCGCGCGUUCUGAUUUGGAGUUCAAAUACGCCAAACAUCGAGUGGCCAUUGACUGUAAACCAUGUCCGUCCAGUGUGGUUUGGUGGGAAGACAAUUACGGUAGUGGAGUGGUAGGAGGCAUGAGCGUGUCAGGUGGUCGUCACGAAGUGUUGGUGAACGGUCGCAAACAAGGUGCAACGAAAAAGGCAGUGGACGGAAAGGCGACAGGUUCUUCGGCGUUGUGCAAAAAGUCGCUGCUCGACGUGUGCCGGAAUUUGUUGGUCAAUGAUGGAGAUACCACAGGACGAGACGUCACUUACGCACAGUUCAAGUUGCGAGCUACGUCGUAUCAACAUCGUUGGGCGGCUGUCAGGCGCCGGUUGGGAUUUUGGACGGUGAAACCAGAAACCUUAUUGGACUUUACGUGACACGUGAUAAUACCCCAAAAAAUUUUUUUUGUUCCAUUAAAUUCAACUUGUGAGGCGUGAGAUCAGUGAACCGAGACAUUUUUAUAUGUAUAUAUUGUAUAAUAUAAUGUAUUGAUAUUUUACACAGUAAAAUUAUUUAGUCAGUCGA